AUGUUAGCGGGUACAGCAGGCCAACAAAAAAGUUGGCGAAGUUGUUGUAAUUGUAACAGCAGUUGGAGUAGGAGUGGUAGUGGCAGUAGUAAAAUCAGUGAAGGCGAUAGCUGUAGUAGUAGCUGUGAAGAUGACUACUGCGGUGCAUCCAGUAGAAGUCACGUGCGCGCCGGUGGUCUGCCGAUAUUACAUACCUUUCUCCUACUCUUGUUUUACACGCAACUGUUGCACGUAGCAAACGCUUAUCUAAUAAUCGUGCAUGAGGACGUGCCAGCGGGCACUGUGGUCUUUAAUGCCUCCGUCUAUAAGCUCGGCUCGGAGCGCCACUAUAAAAUUAACGCACACAAAUCAGCGCAUUUCGUACAUCAUUUGGUUGCCGUAAAUCACAAAGAUGGUCAGAUACAGCUGCGCAAACAGCUGAAAUGUGAUGGUAUCUAUUACCCAAACUUAUUUACCUUCUAUGUGGACUCGACGUCGAAUCGGCUGCGCAGCAUUGAUUACUAUAGUCUACCCGUGCGAAUAUUUGUAACUGGGCGUGAUUGUAAUGAAGAUCGUCGCAUUGAGGAAGAGAUGCAUAGUAGGCAUUAUGAAGAGGAGGAGACGGGGUAUUCGAAACGCCGCAGACGCUAUGUGGAUACUAUUGCGCAUCCCGAUCUGCGCUAUUUUGGCGCAUAUCUAGCACAUCCGAGCAACACCAUCGAGCUGUCGCCGGCGACCAGCGUGUCAGAUGUGCUUAAUCACAACAAUAGUCGGCGUGAAUUUCGUGAUGGUGAUUUAAUAUUUGGCGACAAUUUUGAUAAUGAGAUGCGUCAUCGUAUACUUAGUCGCAAGCGGCGUGCAAAAGAACCGCUACUGCUUGAACCAUCACUGCAUCGACGCAUUUCAGAUGCUAAACAGUGGAUUUCAGAAACCUAUGCCUCAUAUGCCAUACACACAACGGACAAAUGGAAUCAGAUUUGCUUGCGUCAAUCGCAGUUCAUUAAUAAUCUCAAUGCUUUCUUACCGAAGUCCAUUUGCCAGCAUUGUAAAGUGAACUUUUUGGAUGUGAAUGAUGAACGUUUUGCCAUCGAACAUCAAAAUCACGAUUUGGUCGCAAGCCGUGACGUCUGCAUACACGAGUCCAUUUGGAAGGUGAGCAUCACUUUCAAUAUACGUUGUAAUCGCAAAGAGAUUGUCGACUCGGAUCACCGUCUGAAGAUCGUGUAUCACUAUCAGGAAUUCAAUGACACCGAUAUAGCUAAGCGCGUGCGUCGCGAGCUACGCAAUCAGUCGCCAUAUUUUGAGCAGGCACUCUAUGUGGCCUCGGUGUUGGAAGAGCAGCCAGCCGGCUCAGCUGUGACUACUGUGCGUGCGCGUGACCCCGAAGACUCGCCGGUAGUGUACUCGAUGGUGUCGCUGCUGGACUCUCGUUCACAGUCACUCUUCAAAGUUGACUCGCGCACCGGUGUAGUCACGACUUCGGCUAGUUUGGAUCGCGAACUAAUGGAUGUGCAUUAUUUUCGCGUGGUUGCCACUGAUGAUAGUUUUCCACCACGUUCUGGCACGACAACACUACAAGUGAAUGUUUUAGAUUGCAAUGAUCACAGCCCAACCUUCGAAGCGGAGCAAUUUGAAGCGAGCAUACGUGAGGGUGCGACUGUUGGCUCGACGGUGAUCACUUUGCGUGCUACAGAUCAGGAUAUUGGCAAAAAUGCGGAAAUCGAGUAUGGCAUUGAAAGUGUAACUGAUGGCACUGGGACUUUACAAGAUCAGGAGUUACCUAUUUUUCGCAUCGAUGCACGCUCAGGUGUGAUAUCUACGCGCAGCACACUCGAUCGCGAGACGUCGGACAGCUAUAAUCUCAUCGUUACCGCUUCGGAUAUGGCCUCGGCGCAGAGUGAACGCAAAACCGCUACGGCCACUGUAAUAGUGCGCAUACUUGACGACAAUGACAACUAUCCACAAUUUAGCGAACGCACUUACACAGUGCAAGUACCAGAAGACCAGUGGGGUGACGACAAUGUAGUGGCGCACAUACGCGCCACCGACGCCGAUCAGGGUAAUAAUGCAGCUAUACGUUACGCCAUUAUUGGGGGCAAUACGCAAUCACAGUUCUCGAUCGACUCAAUGAGCGGUGAUGUAAGUCUUGUCAAGCCGUUGGACUACGAGAAUGUGCGCAGCUAUCGACUAGUCAUACGCGCACAGGAUGGUGGCAGUCCUUCGCGCAGUAACACUACGCAGUUGCUGGUGAAUGUAAUUGAUACGAAUGAUAAUGCGCCGCGCUUUUACACCUCACAAUUCCAAGAGUCAGUACUGGAGAACGUGCCGGUGGGCUACAAUAUAAUACGUGUGCAGGCUUACGAUGCGGACGAGGGCACCAAUGCGGAGAUCACUUAUAGUAUUUCAGAACGAGACGAUAACUUUCCGCUUGCCGUUGAUCCGCGCACUGGCUGGGUGCAGACAAUCAAGCAACUAGAUCGCGAGGAGCAAAGUCGUUUCACUUUUCAAGUUGUCGCUAAGGAUGGAGGUGUACCGCCCAAGUCUGCGAGUUCAACUGUAGUAAUAACAGUACAAGAUGUGAACGACAACGAUCCCACAUUCAAUCCAAAGUACUACGAAGCAAACGUGGGUGAGGAUCAACCACCGGGUACGCCUGUGGUUACUGUUACUGCCACUGAUCCGGACGAAGACUCGCGCCUGCAUUACGAACUCACGUCCGGUAACACACGCGGUCGUUUUGCGAUUACUUCACAAAAUGGACGAGGUCUCAUAACGAUUGCACAAUCAUUGGACUACAAACAGGAGAAACGUUUUGUGCUCACAGUCACAGCUACGGAUUCGGGUGGUCGUUCGGACACAGCUACCGUAAAUAUUAAUAUUACUGAUGCCAAUAAUUUUGCACCAAUCUUUGAAAAUGCGCCAUAUAGCGCUUCUGUUUUCGAGGAUGCACCAAUUGGCACGACGGUCCUAGUUGUGUCAGCUACCGAUAGUGAUGUGGGCAUUAAUGCGCAGAUCACUUACUCGUUAAAUGAAGAAAGCAUAAAUGGACUUGGUAGCCCAGAUCCUUUCACCAUCAACUCACAAACUGGCGCGAUUGUGACAAGUGCUUUGUUAGACCGUGAGACGACCAGCGGUUAUUUGCUUACUGUCACUGCCAAAGAUGGUGGCAAUCCGUCGCUGAGCGAUACAACUGAUGUAGAGAUAAGCGUCACCGAUGUGAAUGACAACCCGCCCACCUUCAAGAAUCCACUGUAUCAAGCUUCAAUUCUGGAAGAUGCAUUAGUCGGAACCUCUGUUAUACAAGUUUCGGCUACGGAUCCCGAUAUUGGACUGAAUGGCCGCAUCAAGUACCUGUUGAGCAUGCGCGAUAUAGAAGAUGGAUCAUUUGUCAUAGAUCCCACUUCAGGCACAAUACGCACCAACAAAGGUUUGGAUCGCGAAAGCGUCGCUACUUAUUACCUUAACGCCAUAGCUAUAGACAAAGGCUCGCCGCCCCUAUCCAGCACUGUGGAAGUGCAGAUACGUUUGGAAGACGUAAAUGACUCACCGCCAACCUUUCCCUCGGAUAAGAUAACGCUGUACGUACCCGAAAACUCACCCGUUGGCUCAGUGGUGGGCGAAAUACAUGCACAUGACCCCGAUGAAGGGGUCAAUGCAGUGGUGCAAUAUUCAAUUAUUGGUGGCGAUGACUCGAACUCAUUUUCUUUGGUUACAAGGCCAGGCUCCGAACGCGCGCAGCUACUGACAAUGACCGAGUUAGACUACGAGUCGAAUCGCAAGCGUUUCGAAUUGGUCAUACGAGCAGCUAGUCCACCGUUGCGUAAUGAUGCGCACGUAGAGAUUUUGGUUACCGACGUCAAUGACAAUGCACCAGUACUACGUGAUUUUCAAGUGAUCUUCAACAAUUUCCGCGAUCACUUUCCAAGUGGUGAGAUCGGCAGAAUUCCGGCAUCGGAUGCCGAUGUCACCGAUAAAUUGACAUAUCGUAUACUUUCUGGGAAUAAUGCGAAUCUGCUGAGAUUAAAUACAACAUCGGGUGGUUUGAUUUUGAGUCCGCAACUGAAUACAAAUGUGCCAAAAUUUGCGACAAUGGAAGUUUCUGUCUCAGAUGGCAUCAAUGACGCUAAAGCUAUUAUGCAGCUAUCAGUGCGCUUGAUCACUGAGGAUAUGCUUUUCAAUUCCGUUACUGUGCGUUUAAAUGAGAUGACCGAGGAGGCAUUCCUCUCGCCUUUACUAAACUUCUUUCUUGACGGCUUGGCAGCAAUAAUUCCCUGUCCGAAGGAAAACAUAUUCAUAUUUUCAAUACAAGAUGACACCGAUGUGACAUCGCGAAUUUUGAAUGUGAGUUUCUCUGCAAAACGACCGGACGUCUCACACGAGGAAUUUUACACGCCACAAUAUCUGCAGGAACGCGUCUACCUGAAUCGUGCUAUACUAGCGCGCCUGGCCACAGUUGAGGUACUACCCUUCGACGACAAUCUAUGUGUGCGCGAACCUUGCCUCAAUUUCGAAGAGUGUCUUACUGUGCUGAAGUUUGGCAAUGCCUCUGAAUUCAUACACAGCGAUACAGUGCUAUUUCGUCCUAUCUAUCCAGUCAACACCUUCGCCUGUUCAUGUCCUGAAGGCUUUACGGGCAGUAAAGAGCAUUACUUGUGCGACACAGAGGUAGAUCUCUGCUAUUCGGACCCUUGUCGUAAUGGUGGCACGUGCGUACGUCGUGAAGGCGGUUACACUUGCAUAUGCUCGCCAAAGCAUACGGGCGCUAACUGUGAAACGGAUAUUUCUACAUUGAAGCCGUGUUUGUCAGAUACCUGUGAUGGAGGCUAUUCUUGUAUGAAUUCGUUCCUCAGCUCACAGCCGCCACCAUACACAGCGACAUGUGAAUUACGUUCACGCUCGUUCUCCAAGAACUCGUUCCUCACUUUUGAAAGUCUCAAACAGCGGCACAGAUUCAACAUUAAACUACGAUUCUCGACCGUGCAUGAGAAUGGCUUGUUACUGUAUAAUGGACGUUACAACGAGCUGCACGAUUUCAUUGCGCUUGAAAUUCUUGAAGGGCAUGUAAGUUUCUCAUACUCAUUGGGCGAUAGCAAACAGAGUGUGUCGAUCGUACAACAGGUUAAGGUAUCGGAUGGCAAAUGGCACGAUGUGGAAAUGAUAUAUUUCAAUCGCACUGUAACGCUGGUGUUAGACAAAUGCGAUACGGCGAUAGCUUUGGCGGGCAAUUUGGGCGAUCGUUGGAGUUGCGCUAACCAAACUACGCUAAAACUAGACAAGCGUUGUGCGCUGCUCACUGAAACCUGUCAUCGCUUCUUGGAUUUGACAGGUCCACUGCAACUAGGUGGUCUACCACGCAUUCCUGCACACUUCCCUGUGGAGAACCAAGAUUUUAUUGGUUGUAUAUCCGACCUGCGCAUCGACGAGCGCUUCAUUGAUCUCAACUCAUAUGUAGCGGAUAAUGGCACCAUCUCCGGUUGUCCGCAAAAGUCACCACUCUGCACGUCGGAACCAUGUUUUAAUGGCGGUGUUUGCCGAGAAGGCUGGAACACCUACACCUGUGAAUGUCCAGAAGGUUAUGCGGGUAAUGCAUGCCAAGAGACUAUACCUGCACCUUGGCGCUUUUCCGGCGAUGGCAGUCUCAGUUUCAAUCCACUUUUACGACCAAUACAACUGCCCUGGGUCACUUCCCUUUCCAUGCGUACCUUACAACUGGAUGCGUUUCUACUGCAGAUACAAAUCGGGCAAAAUAGCUCAGCAGUGCUUUGUCUUAAGAACGGCAUACUCUACUACAUAUAUGAUAACGAACCAAUGUAUUUGGCUGGCGCUUACCUCUCUGACGGCAACUGGCAUCGCAUCGAAGUCAAGUGGCUUGGUUCGGAAAUACAAUUCUCUGUAGACUAUGGUCAGCGUAGUGGCGUCGUACCGAUGUCACAAAAAGUACAGGGACUCUACGUCGGAAAGAUUGUAAUUGGUAGCGCUGAUGGUUCAAUUGGCGCAGUCGGUGACAUGCUGCCCUUCGAAGGUUGCAUUCAAAAUGUGCGCAUUGGCGCCUCCCAAUCAGUGCUCUCACGACCUACUAUACGCGAGAAUGUCGAGGAUGGCUGCAUGUCGCGUGCUGAAUGCCCGGAAACUUGUCCGCCACACUCCACUUGCGCAACUACUUGGGACGAGGCGCGCUGUGAGUGUCUCCCUGGAUAUGUAGGACCCGAAUGCUUGCCCAUAUGCACAGUCAAACCUUGUGUAGCUGGUGUGUGUCGCGCGAAUGUCAGUGAACCACGCGGUUACAAAUGUGAAUGUAAUAGUUCCCUGCAACAUGGCGAAUAUUGCGAAAAGACUGUACAACAACCGUGCCCUGGCGGCUGGUGGGGCGAGAAAGUAUGUGGACCAUGUAAGUGCAACUUGAAGCAAGGUUACCAUCCGGACUGUAAUAAGACCACCGGCCAGUGUUACUGUAAGACAAACCAUUACCAACCACCUAAUGAGACGGCUUGCAUACCGUGUGACUGCUAUUCAAUCGGCUCAUUCAGCAGCGCAUGCAAUCGUCUGACGGGACAGUGUGAAUGCCGCGAAGGUGUUAUAGGACGACGCUGUGAUUCUUGUUCGAAUCCGUACGCAGAAGUAACAUUGAAUGGCUGCGAGGUCGUCUAUGAUGCAUGUCCACGUUCAUUCGCCGCAGGCAUAUGGUGGCCACGUACGCCGCUCGGCAGCACAACAGUUGAGAAUUGUCCCUCACCGGCCAGAGGCAAGGGACAACGCGCUUGCGAUGGUAUGUCGGGUGGCUGGAAUCAACCGGAUAUGUUCAAUUGUACCUCCGAUCCAUUUGUUGAGCUACGAAAACAACUUUCACAACUGGAGAAGCUCGAGUUGGAGUUGAACUCAUUUGUUGCCAUCAAAAUGGUAGAAAACUUGCAAUUAGCUUGUGAGACUGUAGAUCGCUCGAGCGCAGUGAAGAAAAAAAUGGUCAAGGAUAGCCGUCGCUACAAAAUGGAGUCAUCCUUUCUACUAAACGAAGGUAACAAUAUGUGGUCUAAUGAGCUGGAAAUGGAUUAUCUAUCAGACGAACUAAAGUUUACGCAUGAUCGUCUAUAUGGCGCUGAUCUGUUAGUUACUGAAGGCAUCCUGCAAGAGCUCAUCAACUACGAGCUCAUGCAAAACGGCUUGAAUCUGACACACAGUCAAGACAAGUAUUUCAUUAAGAAUCUGGUGGAUGCCGCAAGUGUUAUACUAGAUCGCAAAUAUGCAAGUGAAUGGAAGCGUGCUACAGAACUGAUACAACGUGGACCGGAUGAUCUUGUGGAUGCCUUUAACAAGUAUAUGGUAGUGCUAGCCAGCUCGCAGCAUGACACCUACACCAACCCCUUCGAAAUAGUGCAGCGUAAUAUGAUAUUUGCUUUGGAUAUUAUAACAACAGAAUCACUUUUCGGCUACGAGCCCGAACAGCUCAGUGAAUACCAUAAAACCAAGCUUAAUUUGAAGCCAAAUGCGUAUACAACUGAGAGCGUCAUACUGCCAGACACGAGCGGCUUCUUGCAGCACUCGUCCAAGCAGAAGCCGGUGAUAACCUUCCCUAAAUAUAAUAAUUAUAUACAAGAUAAAACAAAAUUCGAUAAGUAUACAAAGGUAUUGGUGCCACUCGACAUGUUGGGCAUCACACCGCCAGGCAGCAAUGAAGUCACCCAGAACGCAUUCGACUACCGGGCUAUUAUUUCCUAUGCGCAGUACAAAGAUGUGGGACAACUACUGCCAGAUAUGUACGACGAAACUAUCACACGUCGCUGGGGUGUCGAUAUUGAAGUGGCUUCACCUAUACUAUCACUGGCUAUUUUAGUUCCAUCUAGCGAUACUGAGGAGAAGCGUAUAGAGAUACCUUUUCGCAAAAUCUCAUCUCAAAAGACUGGAUCUAAUGAACAACAAUUUAUUGAAGUAUUCGAUGUGCCGAAGACGAGCAGCAGUGGCAGCGAGGAGCAUAUGAUUGAGAACAUACGCAUAACGGCACAUGAGAUACUACCCCCAGCUGCGACAAACUCACAUGAAACUAGCGCUGAAGUGGCAAGCAACGAAGCCGUGGAAGUGGCUGAUGGUGAGGAACCACACAUUAGUGUGCGCUUUGACGAUGACAACAUCGAAUUCCAUGGUGACACAGGCGAGGAAGUAGUCGACUCACCAGAGGUCACAAAUCCACAUUUCGAGGAUGGUUUUGACGAGCAGCAGAAGGGUGAAAACGAAGCGAUUUAUCGCAAUCGUAGGCUCGUCAAGCGCCAGGUAGAAGUCAUCUACCCAUCUGAACAGCAACAAACACAGCAACGUGUCAUUUAUCGUUCGCUCGGCUCGCCACAUCUAUCGCAGCCCAUCAAGUUACAAAUGUGGUUGGACAUUGAGCCAGCACGUUUCGGACCACGUUCAAAUCCACAAUGCGUGCGUUGGAACUCAUUCACUAGCCAAUGGACACGGCUGGGUUGCCAAACCGAAGUGCCUGAUUUCGAUGAGCUACCGCUCGAUGGACAACCUAUUAUUGUUAACUGUACCUGCACACAUGUAUCCAACUAUGCCGUCAUUGUGGACAUCAUCGAUCCCGAAGAUAUACCCGAACCUUCAUUAUUGGUACAAAUCACCUCGUACUCGGCGUUCAUGGUCUCACUGCCGGUACUGCUGAGCGUUCUCAUUGCUUUGGCACUGUUACGUGGACAACAAACCAAUUCGAACACCAUACAUCAGAACAUUGUGCUCUGUGUUUUCUGUGCCGAGCUGCUUUUCUUCGUUGGUAUGCAGUCACGUCGCAAUCUACUGGAAAAUGAGUUCCCCUGUAAGCUUAUAGCUAUUUGCCUGCAUUACUUCUGGCUGGCUGCAUUCGCGUGGACGACUGUCGAUUGUGUGCAUCUGUAUCGUAUGCUUACAGAGAUGCGUGACAUCAACCAUGGGCCAAUGGGUUUUUACUUUGCCAUGGGUUACGGUGCGCCUGCCAUUGUAGUCGGGCUUUCAGUGGGCGUGCGGGCACAUGAGUAUGGAAAUAGUUUGUUCUGCUGGCUUUCUGUCUAUGAACCGGUCGUUUGGUGGCUGGUCGGUCCCAUUGCUGGCAUGUCUGUGGUGAAUCUGUUAAUACUUUUUGUGUCGGUGAAAGCCGCAUUCACGCUCAAAGAUCACGUACUCGGAUUUGGCAAUCUACGCACGCUGCUAUGGUUGUCUGUCGUUUCAUUGCCCAUGAUGGGCGUCAUGUGGGUGUUGGCUGUGUUAGCUGCUUCAGAGAAUUCGCAGAUGCUUAGCAUCCUUUUGUCGGGCGUCGUAGUACUACAUUCCAUUUUCUGUCUUAUUGGCUAUUGUAUUAUAAACAAACGUGUAAGGGAGAAUCUGCAACGCACCUUCUUGCGUUGUAUGGGGCGUAAAGUGCCAUUGUUGGACUCUUCGCUGGUGGUGAGCAAUAGUUCUCAUAAUGUGAAUGGAGCGACGAGACCGAAUAAUUUCUUAGCGGGUAGUUAUGAUACAGCGAGAAGGAAUGUGGGUAUCAGCGUCUCAAGUACGACGUCGAGAAGUACGGCUAAGACAAGCUCCAGUCCCUAUAGUGAUGGCCAACUGCGUCAGACUUCAACCUCUACUUCAAACUAUAACUCAGCCAGCGAUGCUCCCAGUUUUCUACGUGGCUUUGAGUCAUCCACCGGUGGCGCCGGUGGUGGUGGCGGUGCACGUCGUGAAGAGAAAUCACGUCGUCAUCGUAAAGAUUCCGAUUCGGGCUCUGAAACGGAUGGGCGCUCACUAGAGCUCGCUUCCAGCCACUCGAGCGACGACGAUGAAUCACGCACAGCUCGAUCUUCAGGUACCCACCGUAGUACAGGUGUCAGUGCUACACCCUCUUAUCUGCCCAACAUCACCGAGCAUGUUCAAGCGACAACACCGCCCGAGCUAAAUGUCGUACAAAGUCCACAGCUCUUCCCCAGUGUUAACAAACCAGUGUAUGCGCCCCGUUGGUCGAGUCAACUACCUGACGCUUAUUUGCAAUCGCCACCAAAUGUGGGGCGCUGGUCGCAAGAAACUGGUUCGGACAAUGAACAUGUCCACGGCCAAAAAGUUACCAUCUCACCCAAUCCCCUACCUAAUCCGGAUCUCACAGACACCUCAUACCUGCAACAACAUCACAAUAAAAUCAACAUGCCGCCAUCGAUAUUGGAAAACCUACAGAAUGUGCGUAAUGACAAUGGCUACGACGCACUCGAACGUGACAGUAUCUACCGCCGCAAGGACCAUCAGGAUAGCUAUGGACAAUUCGAUACGCUACCCGUGGCGGGCAACUAUAAGCCCCCUAGUCACUAUGGUAGCGAGAAGGACUAUAAUGGUGGCGGCAGCGGGGGCGGCGGCGGUGGAGGCAGUGUCAGUGGUAGUGGUAGUGGUAGUGCCGGCGGCGGCAAUGGUGGUACCCAAAUCGUUAAUCACAUGCGUUCCUUCCAUCCGGAUGCCGCCUACCUCAGCGAUAACAUUUACGACAAGCAGCGCACGCUCGGCUAUAUGGGACCAAAAGCAGACUCACCAUAUAUGUCCAAGGAGCGCAUUACACCCGAUAUAUAUGGCUCGCGCGAGAAUCACUAUAGCCUAAAGAAACCGCAUAUGUAUGUUGGUGCCGCCGACUCAAUGCAUUCUGUGCAUUCGUUGUUAAAGAACGACUAUCAAGCACAGCAGCAGCGUCAACAUCACCUGCAACAGCAGCACCAGCAACAGCAACAACACCAACACCAGCAACAUCAACCUUCUUCAGCUGAUUACCAUUCGGAUCGCAUGUCGGAGGGUUCGGACAAGAAUGGCUAUCAUUUUCCGUACACAGCGGAGGAGGAUCAUAUAGCGAGCACGCGUAAACUCAGCCAUCAACAUAAUCCAUCGCCUUCCCUACACAGUUCACAUCAGAUGCUCAAUGGGCAUACGCAUGGACAUGCGGUGAACGAUAUGAAUAAUCCAGGUAUGCUGGGGCGUCAUACGCUGAAUUCGAGUUCGCGGCAUGGAUCGCGUGCUAGCUCGCCGCCUUCGAGUAUAGUGGCGCCCAUGCAGCCAUUAGCGCCACUCACAAGCAUAACGGAUACAGAGAGGAAUAUUGAUGAUGAUGAGACGACCGUGUGACCACAUCAUCGACAACAACAAGCUAAGUACAGUACAAUAAAUGAGCAAAAACUACAACAAACGCUUGCAGAAGUGUCACAAAAACAGCAGCCAGAGAAUCAACAACAACAACAACCACAAACCCAAUUUACUCUACUGCCACUAGUAAUGCAACAACAAAUACCAGUACAACUUUGGAAAAUUAAUCAAAAAACACCCAAAAGCGAUACAAACAAACAGCAGCAACAGCAAAAGCAAAAAACCCAACAAGAACAACCACACCAACACUUCGCAACUAUACGUCGUGUGCCAUCACCACAUUAUAGUGGCCGAUGCCAAAGCAUUUGUUAUUGGUAUGCCGAAUUCAAACGUGGUCGUACAGACACCGAUGACAUUCCAUCUACUGGAAGGCCAAAUGACGCUGUUAUUCCGGAAAACGUUGAAAAAACACUGAAAAUCAUUAUGUCCGACCGUAAAGUGAAAAGGAGGGAGAUUGCUGACAUUCUAAAGAUAUCAGCAGGCAGUGUACACACCAUAAUACACGAACAUUUGGAUAUGAAAAAGGUGUUUUCCAAAUGGGUGCCGCGUUUGCUCACACCGGAGCAAAAACAACAACGAAUCGAUGAUUCAGAGAGCUGUUUGGACAUGUUUACGCGCAAUAAGUUGGAGUUUUUGCAUCAGUGCAUCACAAUGGAUGAAACAUGGAUCCACCAUUUCACUCCAGAGUCAAAUCGGCAGUCUGCUGAGUGGCAUGCAGCCGGUGAAAGCCGCCCAAAGCGACCAAAGACACAGCAGUCGGCUGGCAAGAUUAUGGCGUCUGUAUUUUGGGAUGCGCAUGGAAUAAUAUUCAUCGACUAUCUCCAGAAGGGGCAGACCAUCAACAGCGACUAUUAUAUAGCGUUAUUGGAGCGUUUGAAAGACGAAAUCGCAGAGAAAAGCCAAGUUUUUGAUUUGAUCAUACAACAAACAGAUUUGUAUACGCUGCAAGAACACGGCAUUGAGCUUAAAUGCACUGUUGAAGAUAUUAAACGCUAUAUUGGUAUUUUGAUGUAA